CAACCAACCCAGCAAGGAGCAACACCCUUAGGCUAUCUUCUUGCAGGCUGGUGCAGCUCGCUCGUUCGGCGCAUGUCUUCCAGCCUUUCUACGGUCCUUUCGAUCUGCGUCGUCCCUGCCGGUUUCAUCUGUUGUGUCCCUCGUUUUUGAGCCGUUCUUCCAGCAAUUGAGUCUCCUCGACGAUCGAAUCCCCAGUUCCGCAUACCACACAUAUUUGACACUACGCCUUGCGUCAACGUGACAGGGAAUUAGCCGUCGAGCACCCGCGACAUCCCACUUCAGGCAUAUCUACGACGCUCUCCGCUCUUGGAGCUCCUCGAUCUACACACUACAUUCGGCCGACUGCUACCAAGAAGGCACGCCUUUACACAACCUUACACCAUGGGCUUCUUCGAGAAAUUACAAUCACGCCUUGAGCUCUACCGCCUCGAGCAACGCUAUACACGCCGCGAAAAACGCACGACCUUCAUCAGCGAAGCGCGAUACGUCGACGGCGAAUACGUCUACGCCUCGUCACCCUCCUCCGCUAAGUCGAGCUCAACAGGGAGUAGCCGAAGAUUCAGCAAGAUGCCCGCGAUAAGAGUGAAGGAGUUGGCGCGCGCCGGCACAUGGCGGUCAUGAUUGCCGCAUCGCGUGAUUGGGGCGUGACACAUGAUGAUAGAGAGUCGACAAACAAGAGUGACAGGGUAGGCUUGUGGGGAGG